AUCGUGAAUAUAGAGUAGACACCAUUAAUUUUUUUAAUUCGUCAUGAAUCUCUUUUUGAUCGUUUUUUGUGCCGUUUUAAAAUUUGUGUUUUGUGACCAAUUUGUAUCCCCCGAUAAUUUUCAUGAAGAUCAAUUUCGCUACCAAAAUUCGAGAAUAAUUUCCAAAAGAAUCUUGGACCAACAAGAUGCGUCAGAUUCUUUUAUUAACGGAAAAUCUUAUAGAACUUACAAUUCCAUUCAAAAGCCUUUUCAUGUGGUAAAGAAUACAAUAAUAAGAGGUCCACCGAAAAAUAUAGACGAUACCGUCAGUAAUUUGGUUACUGAAAAUAUAGUUGAAUCCAAGCCUCUGGCAAUUAUAAAAAACUUUACAAAUCCUCACAAAUUUAUCAAACAACCGAAUAACGUCAAAGUUGUCGAUUGGUUUUUAGGAUUAGUCGGAAUUAAACCGCCGCAAAAUAAUUCGACUCAAAUGGAACCGUCGAAUAAAUGUCCGAGUUGCACCUGCGGAAGAACGUUCAAAAACGUAAGAAUAGUAGGAGGAAUCGAGACUAUGGUUAACGAAUAUCCGUGGAUGACUGCGCUUCUAUUUAACAACAGAUUUUAUUGCGGGGCUUCUUUGAUAAAUAAUAGAUAUUGUCUUACAGCCGCUCAUUGCGUUAAUGGGUUUGCUAAGGAUAGAAUUACAGCUGUAUUUCUAGACCACGACAGAUCAAAUUCUUUCGAAACAAAUACCGUAUCGAGGAAAAUAAAAAAUAUAUACAGACAUCGAGGUUAUGCAACCGGAGGAGCUUAUAAUAACGACAUUGCGCUUCUUGAACUGGACCAAGAAGUACCAUUCACUGGUUUAUUGAAACCCGUGUGUUUACCGCCAAUAGGAAAAAGUUUCACGGGUUCGCAAGGAAUAGUUACAGGUUGGGGUGCAACUAAACAAAACGGACAAACCUCGAACAGACUGCGAGAGGUGAAAGUUCCCAUAAUGUCAAACGUCGAUUGUCGUAAAACAGGAUACGGAAACAAGAUAACGGAUAAUAUGAUGUGUGCGGGAUAUCAAGGAGGUCUGAAGGAUUCUUGUCAGGGUGACAGCGGCGGACCUCUUCAUACCAAAAAUGGAUCAUUCCAUCAAAUAGUGGGAAUUGUGUCAUGGGGCGAAGGCUGUGCUAAACCAAAUUACCCAGGAGUCUAUACUCGCGUCAACAGAUACAUUUCUUGGAUAAAAUCAAACACAAAAGACGCUUGUUAUUGCAACAGUUAAAUGUAGUUUUUAUUUAAACAUUUAUUUAAAUAUAAAUUAUUUAUUC